AUAGGAACAGAUUCAAACCAAAAUCAUCAGAAGAGAGCACUGUCACAAUUUCAAAAUGGAUACGGAAGAAGCCAACAAAUUCAUUAACUCUCUAGUGAAAAACUUACAAGUUUUGUGUCAUGGUCAUGUAUCAUUUGACAGUUCCAUUCAGGUCAUAGGUCAUCUGUAUUUAAAUGUAGACAGUCAGACCAACAUAGACUACAUUGUGAAUGAAAAAGUGUGUAAAAGUGACAAUUCAUCGACCAUGUUUGUGAGUAAAAGUUAUCAUUCAGAACCUCAGAAGAAAGAAAAGAAAAAUACAGAAAAAAAUCAAACUCGAGAACGUCGUUCUUCAUCACAAUCAGAAACAAGCAAUGAUGACCAAAACCAAAGAAAUGACAGACUUGGUUUUGGCUCAAAUUAUGGUGACGUGCACCAGCCUCACCUCCAUCAAAAGACAUCAACCCCAAUGAGAAGACCAUUACAUCAUCCUAUGGAAGGUCCAUCAAUGAAAAUGCCACGCCUGUCCCAUCCACAAUCACCUAUGUCACCCAGUAAUAUUGGAAGUAGGAACUCAUCUCAUCCCGGUUUAAGACUUGAUAAUCGAAAUGCAAUGGGAGAUAACUCAAGCCAUCAAUUUGAUUUAUCACGUCUGCAGCAAUCAAACAUAUCUGAGACAUCAUUUCACCUUCAGCCACACAUCAGUAGCAACAAUUCACAGCGUAAUACAUCAUCAUCAUCACCAUCAUCCAAAACAGUACCGGUAGUCAAACAAGAACCUGUGCAAAUAGAUCUUAGUAAUGUGAAGUCAGAACCUCAAGAUGAUGAUGGGGGGACAGAAGAUAUGGGAAAUGAAAUGUCUAACGAAGAAUUUCUAGCUAGUCUACAUGAUAAAACAUCUAGUAUAUACCCUGUUGCCUUACAUUCAAAUGAAACUUCAGCGUCUAAUUCACAACUCGAUUUUAACUUACCUAUUAGUUUUCAACAGGGAGCAGGAGGUGCUGGUCCUUCUUUUGCUCCCGAUGGCUCAGCAGUGAAAAGUUAUGAUUUCAACUCAUUGUUUCGAACUAAAAGACGGACCUUUAUAGACAAACAUCAGAAAAAGGAAUUGUGCCUAUUCAAAGAAGAGAAUCCUAAUGCUACUGGAAAGGAAGUUACAGACUUUUUCACCAAUCGUUUUGGUGUUGAAAUCCCCUAUGACACCCUGUAUAAAAUUAUUAAAAAUAAACACAGAUGGUUGAAUGAAUCAGAUGAUUAA